UCUGCAAUGCACAGAGAUCCCAGCAUACAGAAGGCAUAGCCACACGAGCUCUGAUCCUUUGGUGCGUGCCCUGGGAAUAGUAAAGAUGUCAGAGCAUACACGAGUGGUGAUGGUUACUGCCAAGGUAUGGGUUCUGAAGAAGCAUUUUGAGGGUUUCCCCCAAACCAGCGACUUCGACCUGAAAAAGAUAGAGCUGCCAAACUUAAAGGAUGGAGAGUUGCUGCUUGAAUCAGUGUUUCUCAGUGUUGAUCCUUACAUGAGACCUUACAGUCGAAGGGUCAUGAAGGAAGGGGACAUAAUGAUAGGCACACAGGUUGCCAGGAUUGUAGAAAGCAAGAAUCCUGCUUUCACAGUGGGGGUCUUUGUUGUGGCUAAAAGUGGCUGGAGAACCCAUUUCAUCUCUGAUGGGAAAGACCUACAAGCCCUUCCUUCUGGUUGGCCAGAAUCGCUCCCCGUAUCUCUAGCUCUUGGGACGAUUGGCAUGCCAGGCCUCACUGCAUACUUUGGUCUGCUGGAGGUCUGCAAGAUGAAGCCAGGGGAGACAGUGCUGGUUAAUGCUGCAGCUGGUGCUGUGGGCUCUGUGGUGGGUCAGCUUGCUAAGAUUGGGGGUUGCAAAGUUGUUGGCUGUGCUGGCUCAGAUGACAAGGUUGCCUAUCUGAAAAAAAUAGGCUUUGAUGAAGCCUUUAAUUACAAGACUGUUACAUCUCUGGAUGAAGCACUAUGUAAAGCCUCUCCUGAUGGCUAUGACUGUUUCUUUGACAACGUGGGUGGAGAAUUUGCCAGUGUUGCUAUCAACCAGAUGAAGAAAUACGGAAGGAUUGCAGUCUGCGGAGCCAUCUCUCAGUACAAUGACUCUGUGCCUCAGAAGGGGCCUUAUGUGCAGAUGCCAAUGAUCUUCAAAGAACUUCAAAUGGAAGGGUUUCUUGUGACCAGCUGGAAUAACCGCUGGGAGGAAGGUCUGAAGGCACUGCUAAAGUGGGUCAUGGAGGGAAAGGUGAAGUGCCACGAACAAGUCACUGAAGGAUUUGAGAACAUGCCAGCAGCUUUCAUUGGAAUGUUAAAAGGAGAAAAUCUUGGAAAAGCUGUUGUAAAAGUCUGAAGGUCACAUUCCUGGGGACUGGCAGAGGAGAAUGAUUCUGUUAAGGGCUUUUAACUCAUUGAUCGAAAUGUGUGUUUCAGUCUUUUUGCUGGACAUUUGGCGAUAACUUCUGUUAAUUGGACUAAUAAAUGUAAGUAUAUGUCAGUUGAUUUGCUCUUGAAGAACUUGAGAGCUGCUUCCCAAAGCUACACAAAAAUAUUGCCUUAAAACAGCUGAACUUCAUCAGAGCUUUAACAGAUUUACUAGAAACUUGAACCUUUUCUAUGAGUCAGAAUUGCUUUUCCUUUCUACAGGCCAAAAGCUUUGCGAGCUGAUGGCAUGUAUCAUGACUAUGUUUAACCAUUGAUUUUGCCCAGAACUCAGCAAGAGGGAUUUUUAAAAAUCAAUAUCAUGGAGCAGAGAACAGGUUAAUAGCACCUGGGGGUUCCCAUCUUCCUCUAUGGAUGGCUUUUCUUAACUUUCAUAAGGAAAUGUAGGUAUCCUGGUUCUUUUGAGAUAUGGAAACUAAAAAAAUAAAUCUGUUAAUGAAUA